AUGGAGGAUUGCCCCAGCUUACAUCUGGUGGACAAUUUGGAAGGAAAUGAAUCAAAGAUGUUCUACAGGAAAACAAAACAAUAUCUGAAAGAUAAAGACAAAUUGCCUAGGGCUUUACUAUUUUUGGAAGGAGGGGAGAUAGACGGGCAGCCAGUUGGGGAGCAACAAAACAAAGAUAACAUAAAGUCCACCAAGAAUUGGGUUGAGGGUGCUUUUCCAAGUAAGGGCUCAGAGAAUAUUUCUGAGAAUGGUGAUGGUAAACAACAAGAGAUGGGGCAGAAUAGUAAGGAAUUGAUGCAAGACAAGGGACAGAAUAAUAGUACCAAUGGUCAGGAAGGAAAGCAAGGACAUGAACCAAUACCCGUGGAUUCAGAUGAGGGAAUGUCAACACAUGAAGUAGAAAGUCAAGAGGGUGCUGGAGGGAUCCUAGACGAUGGGAUUGAUAGGGGCGAAUCUGAUGGUAUGGCAGAAAACAUUGAUAAUGCUAGCAAGUCUGGGGAUCUCUCACCUCGGCAAGUUGAUACUUUACACAAUAAAGGGGUUAAGUCUCAUGUGCCACUACAGGGUCCUGGAGAGAUACAUCAUUAUAGAACAUUGCUUGGUUUUGAUAAUGCCUUGGUAAAUCAAUCCGGAAAGAUUUGGAUUUUUUGGAAGGCGGAGUGGGAUGGUUCAGUUUUACUGGAUAGUCCCCAACAAUUAUCUUUGAAGUUUAAUACAGGAGGAAAACAAUUCAUCAUUUCCUCAAUUUAUGCAAGGUGUACCGAAGUAGAGAGGUUAGAAUUAUGGGAUGAAUUGGAGUCCUUGAAUGGUCAAGGAAUCCCAUGGAUGGUUGGGGGUGAUUUUAAUGUUAUUUUGAAUGAAGAGGAGAAGCUUGGGGGUUUACCUUUCAUACAACAUGAGGCAACAGACUUUGCAAAUUGUAUAAAUGUGUGUGCUUUAAUAGAAGUGAAAUUUGCAGGAAGUAAAUACACGUGGUGGAAUGGUAGAAUUAAUGAUGCAUGCAUUUUUGAAAGGUUGGAUAGGGUACUGGUGAAUCAGGAGUUCCUGCAAUUAAUUCCCCAGGUGGAGGUGGAGAAUUUUUUCCAGCAAGGGUCAGAUCAUGCCCCUAUUCAUGUUACAGGCAGUACGGAUGUUAUUAAAGUUAAGGAAGCUCAAUUUGAAAUUGAUCCUAGUUCGAAAAAUAGAUCGGAGUUGGGACGGGUGGAAGCGAAUCUUAAAAGAUUUUUGAAAGUGGAAGAAGAUUUUUGGAGGCAAAAGGCAGGGAAGAGGAGAAAAUUGGCGGUUGAUGAAAUAGAAGACAGAGAUGGGAAUAUUAUUUCGGAGAAGGGUCAGAUGGGGGAGGAAGCUGUUAAGGUGUUUCAACACCAGUUCCAAGAGGAGAGUUUUGAAAGGGAUUUUUCAAUGGUGGAAAACAUUCCACAACUAAUAACCAGUGAGGAGAAUGACAGACUAACCAGGCUGCCCGAUGGGAAGGAGGUGAAAAGGGUAGUAUUUCAGCUUGAUGGGACAAGUGCAGCAGGUCCGAAUGGGUACACAGGGUUUUUCUUUCAACAGUGUUGGGAUAUUAUUUCGUCAGAUGUGGUAAAUGUGGUUAAGGCAUUCUUUUGUGGCCAAUGUCUGCCGAGGAUUGUGGAGGUUUUACCUAAACUUAUAUCUCCUAAUCAAACGGGGUUUGUAAAAGGGAGGAACAUUACAGAGAAUGUUUUACUUGCUCAGGAAAUCAUUGGGGAUAUUAACAAAAGGAAGAAAAAUACCAUUGUGGUGGUAAAGCUUGACAUGACUAAGGCAUAUGAUAGGGUGUCUUGGGUCUUUCUAACCAAAGUGAUGAGAAAGUUUGGUUUUUCGGAGGUCAUCAUUGAUAUGUCCUAUGGGCUAUUUCAAUCUUCUAGAGGUCUUAAACAGGGUGACCCAUUAUCUCCUACCUUAUUUAUAAUUGCAGUUGAGGUUUUGUCCAGAGGUUUAAACAAAUUGUAUGAUGACCCAGAUUUUAUUGGGUAUGGGUUACCUAAAUGGAGUCCCAAAAUCAAUCACCUUUCAUACGCUGAUGAUACCAUCCUGUUCUGUUCUGGGGAAAGGAGAUCUAUUAUAAAGAUGAUGAGGGUUUUAAGGGAUUAUGAGGAGGUCUCUGGUCAGUUGAUCAAUAAAGCUAAAAGCUGUUUUUAUCUGCAUGAGAAUACUCCUCUUGUUUUUUCUAUGAGGCUGAGAAAGCUGACCGGAAUAAGACAAGGUGAUUUCCCAUUUACAUAUUUGGGAUGUUCGGUGUUCCAUGGGAGGAAAUGUAGCAUUUACUUUGAGGACCUAAUCAGGAAAAUUGCUAGGAAUUUUUUCUUGGCAAAAUAG